GGAGAAAGGGAAAGCAGAGGCAAGAGAAAUUAGGAGACGGGAGAAAUCGAGGGCUAGAAGGAAGAGGAGAGAGUCCGAGGAUGGUGGAGAGCACUUUUUGGAAGUCACCACGCCGCGUCUCAGGCUGGCCGGGCUGAGCUGGGGGAGAGGGAGCGAGGGCGGCGCAGGGCAGGCGAGAGGGCGGCGAGAGGCAGCUCAGCGCGGGCCUGACCUCCCCUGACGCCGAGCUGCGGCCGCGCAGGUCCGACCUCGCCGUCUGGUAGCCGGUCCCGGACCAUUCACCCCUCCGCCCCCGGGGGCGCUGAUCGCUCCCGAAGCGUCCAGGCCAGCUGACCCGCGGGCGUGCGGACCUUGCGCCCUGGGCGCGCACAGCGGUGAGGCCCGGGGAGCCCUGCGCGCCGGGGCACGCGGGCGGGCAUGGCGAUGCACGCCCUCACCGGAUUCUCGCUGGUCAGCUUGCUCAGCUUUGGCUACCUGUCCUGGGACUGGGCCAAGCCGAGCCUGGUGGCCGACGGUCCCGCCGAGGCCGGUGAGCCGCCCUCGGCCGCUCCUCCCCAGCCUCCCCACAUCAUCUUCAUCCUCACCGACGACCAGGGUUACCACGAUGUGGGCUACCAUGGCUCAGAUAUCGAGACCCCUACGCUGGACCGGCUGGCCGCCGAAGGUGUCAAGUUGGAGAAUUAUUAUAUCCAGCCCAUCUGCACGCCUUCGCGGAGCCAACUUCUCACCGGCAGGUACCAGAUCCACACAGGACUUCAGCACUCCAUCAUCCGCCCUCGGCAGCCCAACUGCCUGCCCCUGGACCAGGUGACACUGCCCCAGAAGCUGCAGGAGGCAGGUUACUCUACCCACAUGGUGGGCAAGUGGCACCUGGGCUUCUAUCGAAAGGAGUGCCUGCCUACCCGCCGGGGCUUUGACACCUUCCUGGGCUCACUCACGGGCAAUGUGGACUACUACACCUAUGACAACUGCGAUGGCCCUGGGGUAUGCGGCUUUGACCUGCAUGAGGGUGAGAGUGUGGCCUGGGGGCUCAGCGGCCAGUACUCUACCAUGCUCUACGCCCAGCGUGUCAGCCACAUCCUAGCCAGCCAUAGCCCCCGGCGGCCCCUCUUCCUCUAUGUGGCCUUCCAGGCAGUGCACACGCCCCUGCAGUCCCCUCGUGAGUACCUCUACCGCUACCGUACCAUGGGCAACGUGGCCCGGCGGAAGUACGCCGCAAUGGUGACAUGCAUGGAUGAGGCUGUGCGUAAUAUCACCUGGGCCCUUAAGCGCUAUGGUUUCUACAACAAUAGUGUCAUUAUCUUCUCCAGCGACAAUGGCGGCCAGACCUUCUCAGGAGGCAGCAACUGGCCCUUGCGGGGACGCAAGGGCACUUACUGGGAAGGUGGCGUGCGGGGCCUGGGCUUCGUCCAUAGCCCCCUGCUCAAGCGAAAGCGCCGGACCAGCCGGGCGCUGGUGCACAUCACUGAUUGGUACCCAACCCUGGUGGGUCUGGCAGGUGGCACCGCCUCGGCAGCUGAUGGGCUAGAUGGCUAUGACGUGUGGCCAGCCAUCAGCGAGGGCCGGGCCUCACCGCGCACGGAGAUCCUGCACAACAUUGACCCGCUCUACAACCACGCUCGGCACGGCUCCCUUGAGGGUGGCUUUGGCAUCUGGAACACUGCUGUGCAGGCUGCCAUCCGUGUGGGCGAGUGGAAGCUGCUGACUGGAGACCCCGGCUAUGGUGAUUGGAUCCCACCGCAGACGCUGGCUGCCUUUCCUGGCAGCUGGUGGAACCUGGAGCGGAUGGCCAGUGCCCGCCAGGCCGUGUGGCUCUUCAAUAUCAGUGCUGACCCCUACGAACGGGAGGACCUAGCUGACCAGCGGCCCGACGUGGUUCGUGCCCUGCUAGCCCGCCUGGUGGACUAUAACCGCACAGCCAUCCCUGUGCGCUACCCGGCUGAGAAUCCCCGAGCCCAUCCUGACUUUAACGGGGGUGCUUGGGGGCCCUGGGCCACGGAUGAAGAGGAGGAGGAGGAGGAGGAGGACGCAAGGGCUCGAAGCUUCUCCCGGGGGCGCCGCAAGAAAAAAUGCAAGAUUUGCAAGCUGCGAUCCUUUUUCCGUAAACUCAACACCAGACUGAUGUCCCACCGGAUCUGAUGGGGGGGAGGUGAGGAUCUCUGCCCCCCUAGAUAUACUCCCCUACUCAAGCCUGGCCCUGUUCCUCUCCAGGGCCUGAGGUCAUGUCCCCAUCUGCAGGGAAAUGGAGGGGGUGCGGCCCCUCCGUUGAAGGGUGGGGAGCUUGGCUUGGGGGGUGGCAGGAGAAUGAACUAGACUGGGAUUCCUGGGCCCCAGUCUUGCCUCUCCAUUGAUUUGUUCUGUGACCUCAGGUGAUCUGCACAAGCUCUCUGGGCCUCAGUUUCCUCACCUGUGAAAUGAGCUUUAAUGACUCUAUGGCUCUGUAGUGUGGACCUGGUGCUUGGGGCCAUGGUGGAGUUCUUGCCAACUUCACCAUCUCCCUCCCAGAUCAUUUAAGGCCUCACCUUUGAGCCCUCUGUGAUUCUGCUUGGGUGAGGGGCCACAUGGAGGCAACUCUAGGCCUGGACCCCAGCCAUGGCAUUGCAAUCUGGCUGCUCUGAAGGGAUCCCUGAUUGUUGAAGGUGGAGGUGCAGGAAUCAGGGGGUGACCUCCCUGGGUCCUUACAUGGCCUGGGCCAGUCCUGGGGCUGGACUGGUGGUAGAGGCUGUGGCGGAGAGCUCUCCUUUCUGUUCCCAGAACUCAGAGGAAUUGGCCCAGCUGUUGGUGCUACAGGACCAAAGGUGGUGGACCAAACAGCUGUGAAAAGAGCCCCUGAACCAACAAACAGGACACCUGGGUUCUGCUUUGACCUUGGGCCCAGUCCUUCCCCUCUGAGCCUCAAUUUCCCCACCUGCAAAUGGGGAUGCUAGCCCUGGCUCUGCCUACCUCACAGGGCUAUAGAGGACUGGCCAGGCUAGCGGUUGUGGGGGAGCCGUGAAGCUGAUUAA